CCCAGUGUGAUUGGAUGGCAAUGGAACAAAUCUGAGUUCAUCCCUCCUCCUCCAGGACCAAUAUGUACACCAGGUCCGCGCACAUUUUCCGCAACUGGACUCGUUGCAUUGACAGAACAGAGGCGGAUUCAGUCCCAGGGACCGAGUCUUGUUCAUUUUUUUUAAAAAAAAACUGUUAUCAGGACCUCUUUUUUUUUUCUUGCAGCCUUUUAAAAGAAGGUGAACUUGGAUUUUUCAAGAUGCCCAGGUCCUUUCUCAUCAAGAAGCAUUUCUCCACCAGCAAAAAGCCAAACUACAGCGAACUCGACAGCCAGACAGUGAUCAUCUCGCCCUUCCUGUACGACACGUACCCGCUGCCGGCCAUCCCGCAGCCCGAGCUCCUGGCGAGCGGGGCCUACUACCCGGCUAUCGUGUGGGACGCCGGGCUGCUGUCCAGCCUGUGCUCGGCCGACCGGGGUGGGGGCGCGGCCCGGCCCGGAGGACAGCCCAGCGACCCCCCGCCGGCCGGCGGCCCGCCCGAGCGGCACCGGCGCGCCCACGACUUGGCGUCGCUGUCCAGCGCGGAGGAGGAGGAGGAGGAAGAGGAAGAAGAGGAGGAGGAAGAGGAGGAGGAGGAGCGCGAGGGGAAGGCCUCGGAGGCCCUCAGCCCCGACUCGCCGUCGUCGUCGGCCUCGUCGUCGUCGUCGUCCUCGGCGGCCGAGGCCGAGAAGUUCCAGUGCGGACAGUGCAGCAAAUCCUACUCCACCUUCGCGGGACUCUCGAAACACAAACAGCUGCACUGCGACCCCCAGAGCCGGAAGGCCUUCAGCUGUAAGUACUGCGAGAAGGAGUACGUGAGUCUCGGGGCCCUGAAGAUGCACAUCCGGAGCCACACGCUGCCCUGCGUCUGCAAGAUCUGCGGGAAAGCCUUCUCCAGGCCCUGGUUACUGCAGGGCCACAUCCGCACCCACACCGGAGAAAAGCCAUUUUCCUGUCCUCACUGCAACAGAGCGUUUGCAGAUCGAUCCAACCUCAGAGCUCACCUGCAGACUCAUUCAGAUGUUAAAAAGUACCAGUGCAAAAACUGUUCCAAGACUUUCUCCAGAAUGUCUCUCCUUCACAAACAUGAAGAAACGGGAUGCUGUGCAGCUCGCUGAGAAAUCGCCGACUUUUCCAAACAAGAACUCUAGUUUAGCAAACCUCUGUAUGCAUGUCUGUCCAUCACAUAUUGGUUAAAACGCAGAGGACCUUACUUUGUCCUGAUUUUUAUUUAUUGCUAUAAAAACUUAAUUGCCAGCAUUCUGUUUCUGUGCAUCAGGAGCUACCACAUUUGGGGGGUCAGGAAGUCAGACCGAAACUCUUUUGAGAACGCAGAGAAUUAAGGGCUCUCUGGCACAUCCAGUAUUCAAGUGCAACAUGAAUAAUCGAAAGAGAUUCUUUCUCUUCGAGGUGUAACUAUGCAAUACGUUUUCGUUUGUUUAAGGGCUGCUGAUCUUGAAAUGUUCUCAGCUGAACAUUGAAGCCUUGCAAGAUUUGUGCAAUGGGGUUUAACAGGCGUUCCUUGCCGUUUUGAAAAAAGGUUACUGUUUUACAGGCAAGCUAUGUACUGAAGCACCUGUUAAUAUGAACCUUAACAACUGCUUUUCAAAGUAAGUGUGACUAAUGACAAGCAGUUGUCACAUGUUACAAUGCAGGCUUAGAUAAAUGCCUGGCUAUUGACAGGUGUGUGCCAAACGACGUAUGGCUAUCGACAGGUGCCUGGUCAAUACAUCUUUUUCUAUACAGUGUUUGUACACAAUUGUCACAAUAUAUAUUUGUUUACAUUACAAGGGUACACUGGUAUUACUCUUUGUAUACUGUAAUUUUUUAAGUGACAGUUUUGUAUUGCUGAGACUUUUACUUGUACAUUAUGUAAAGAAUAUGCAAUAAACAAUUGUUUUUACAAUUA